GGAUCUCCUGUCUCUCAACAAUCCGCACUCCAGGUUUCUCCUCUCGCUCCGCCAGCUCCGCCCCGCGGCUCCGGUUUCAGCCGCUGCUACAGGGACCCCCAAGAUGGAAACGCAGGGGCUGCCUGCCGCGGUGGAGGCGGCCCGGCCCGAGCCCGGCACCCAACAACAUGGCGGCAGUGCCGUCGUUGAUGAAGGACCUUCCUCCUCAGAGCCUGCCCGCCGACCACCUCAGCCGCGUGAUUCGGCGCCGGCGGGGGCCUGGGGCCUGGACGUGACAUUCCCGGUGCUGCUUCUGCUUGAGGGGAAGAAGCCUCUGGAGCCGCCGCCGCCUGCCGCUCAACACCCAUUGCCUCCACCAGGACCUUCCACAAGCAGCGCUUCCGCCUCCACCGCCCUCGCCCUGCCUCCGGGUGCCGCAGGCCCUGGGCAGCCGCAGGAGAGCGACUCUCUGCUGCUGGUGCUCAACUUGGUACGGGGCGGAGCUUCCGGAAGCCCCUCACGGGGCCCUUCUCAGGAGUUGUCGCCGCAGCAGCAGCGGGAGGAGAAAUCCAGCGGCGAAGGUGGAAGCGAGGCUCAGGCUUCAGGGCCUUUCCCUGAGGGGAGCGGGCAGCACGACGAUGAAGACGACGACGACGGCUCCCCAACCGGGGGUUCCUCCUUCUCGGGCACGCUCACCAUCAACAAUCAGAGCCUGCUGGUGCGCUUCGAAAACGGGCUCCUCAGCCUCGGUGGGCCCACAGCGCAAGCGCCGUCUCCGCAACAGCAGCAGGCGCCACCGCCUCUUUCCCCUCGUCCGCUGCGCUCCAGCCAUGCCGACGAGCCUCCGGCUCCAGCCUCCGGCGGCCCAUCUCGGACUCCAGUGUCAUAUCCUUGCCCUGAAUCCCGCUGCGCCGAAACCUUUUCCUGCAAACAACUGCUGCGGCUGCACCGGCUGUCGGCCCAUGGCGGCAGCCCAGCGGUUACGGCGCAGGAUGGAGGAGGAGGAGAAGCAGUUGUUGCGGCAGCAAGUGCAGAUUCAGGCCGGACGGCGCGUCCCUUCUGCUGCCCGGUUCCCGGCUGCACUUGGGCUUUUGCCACUGCCUACAAGCUGCGGCGCCACUUGCAUUCGCACGACAAACUGCGGCCCUUCGCUUGCUCCGCACCUGGCUGCACGAAGCGCUUUACCACCAUCUAUAAUCUGCGGGCCCACGGCCGGGCCCACGAGCAAGAGGCGACGCACAAGUGCGAGGCUUGCGGGCAGCGCUUCCCCAGCGCGGCCCGCCUUGCGGCUCAUCAGCGGCGGAGUCAUCUGGAGCCGGAUCGGCCUUAUCGCUGCGAGUAUCCAGGUUGCGAGAGGACCUUCAUAACAGUGAGUGCAUUAUUUUCGCAUAAUCGAAUUCACUUCAGGGAACAAGAGCUGUUCUCCUGCUCCUUCCCAGGCUGUAACAAACAGUAUGACAAAGCCUGCCGACUGAAAAUCCACAUGAGAAGUCACACAGGUGAAAGACCUUUCAUCUGUGACUUUGAAGGUUGUGGCUGGUCCUUCACUAGCAUGUCCAAGCUAUUAAGGCACAAAAGGAAACAUGAAGAUGACAGAAGAUUUACAUGUUCUGUCGAAGGCUGUGGAAAAUCCUUCACAAGAGCAGAACACUUGAAAGGCCAUAGUAUAACUCAUCUUGGCACAAAACCAUUUGAGUGUCCAGUAGAAGGUUGUUGUGCAAAGUUCUCAGCACGCAGUAGUCUGUACAUUCACUCCAAAAAACACCUUCAGGAUGUGGACUCGAAGACCCGUUGCCCUGUAUCCAGCUGUAAUAAAUUGUUCACUUCCAAGCAUAGUAUGAAAACACACAUGGUCAAGCAACACAACUUUAGUGCAGAUCUCUUAAAUCAGAUGGAAACUGUUGGUUCCCUCACACCCAGCAGUGAACUCGCCAGUUCAGGACAAAGUGACCUCAGCAGCGUAGACCUUGUGUCCCUUUUUUCCAGUGUUUCUGGGAAUGCUUCUGGAAUUUCAACAGAUAUGGCUCUGAUAAACUCUGGAAUUCUUACUAUAGAUGUUGCUUCCGUGGGCUCCACUCUUGGAGGCAAUCUUUCUGUUGGUAGCAAUUCUCUCGGUCAAGCGGUUGACCCACUGAUUUUAGUGGCUAGCAGUGACAUUCCACACAGCCUGGAUAGCUCUCUUCUGUUGGGAACCACUGCCACAGUUUUACAGCAAAGCACUUUAAAUUUGGAUGAUGUACAGACUGUAAAUGCAGAAGCCUUAGGCUCACUGGCGUCUUUGUCCACAAGGAGUUCCAGUCAAGAGUUGCAUGGUUUGACCUCCAGUAAUAACCUGUCAGUAGACGUAGCCACUUUAACCCCUUCCAGCAGCCUUGGUGGAAACAGUGCAUCUGAAUUAUUGGCUCCAAGUAAAGCAGAGCCAACUUUGCUUCCUAGCCUGGAUGUUGUGGGACAACAAGAAGGCAGUAAAGUGGUGACUCAGUUUGUGUUCUCCAACCCUCCAGGAAGUUACAGUGCACAGAAAGAAACUGAUUUGAGCACGGUGACUGGCAGCUCCUUUCUGGAGAGUGGUGGGUCUGCAAGAACAGAUUAUCGAGCCAUUCAGCUUGCCAAGAAAAGAAAGCAGAAAAGAAAUGGGAAUGACAUAGGAACCUCUAACUCUGGCAUAAGAAAAGGCAAAGAUGAUAAAGUUACUUCUUCUAACCAUGGGAAUCGGUUAUGCAAUAGUGUUUUGCCAAAUGGAAGUCUAACAGUAAGAGAUCCAUCAGCUGGCACACAGUUUGUUCAAAUUCAGCUACUUCAGGAUGAUUCUCCAGGAGAGGGAGAUCUUCCUUUUCAGCUCAGUUCUCAGUCCUCCUCUUCACAUUCUCAGCUGACAGUGGACUUGCCUGUUCAUAUCCUUCAGGAGCCACACAAUUCCGCUGAAGAGGAUGCCAGUUCUGAUAAUUCUCAGUUUACAGGAAGCACCAUUAACCUACAAGACCUCGAAUGAUUGUGUUGGAAGACAGAAACAUUCAAGUAGAGCAGCAUCUUGAGAAGCAGAAGUUUGUUCCUUCUUCUAAAGAAAAAAAUGAUCAUGCACACAUCAGUGCUACUUUGUGGCUUGCUUGAUGAUUAUCAUGCAAUGGAAAACUUGUUCAGUAAAUUUGACUUGAUAAGGCUUUGGA